AUGACUUAUUUGACUACAUGGACAUCAUUGCAUCCAGAAAUCCUCUACGUGAUCAUACUCGCUUAUCUGAUCGUCGUCUUCUACUUGCCCGUGCAUGUGCGCCGAAAGCACAACUUUAUGCCGUAUUGGUAUCGUCUACAUGGUCUCAUCUCGCUCUUUUUGUUGAUCAUGUUGAUCCCGGAAAUGAUUCGCAUUUUGAUUCGUGGCUGGUCGUGGGCUGUCUGUGAUCGCGAUACUUUCUUCACAGCGCCUCUGAGUGGUUGGGCGGUGAAUUUGUUCUUCUUCUCGAAGUUCCUCGAUUUGGCUGAAACGGUGUUAAUUGUGCUUGAUGAUCGACGGCCACUUCCAAUUCAUCUUCUUCAUCACUUUUCCACACUCUACUUCGUUUGGAAAUCGAUCGCAGGAGAGGUGGCGUUAUUAAGACCAUUGGUGACGGUAAAUCUCGCAGCGCACGUGCUCCUCUUCUCGUACUUGACACCGCAUAAAUUCUUUCAUAUCCGACCGUGCUACACAUCAGUGGCACUGAGUCAAAUGGCGCAAUUCGUCGUGUGUCUCUUUGGCUGUCUUCGCGCUCAUUCGGUGAUUUCAUCGGGCAAAGAGUGCCACAUCACUCGACCAUGGCUUCAGAUUACUACUGCCGGUGUAUUGGGAUUCCUCUUUUUAUUUGCCGACUUUUAUCAUCAAAAGUACGUCAAGUUCCGUCGCGAGCGGGCCUGUUUGGGGAAACAUUCGAGUCGCGAACGGGUCAACAAACAAGCGCACGAGUUGAGAAGUGUGGACAAAGUUUCCUCACCGCUUCACCCUUCUCUU